AUGUCUCCAGGCCAAGCAAGAGACAAACCAUCCUUGAAGAUUUGGCUUGCAAGCCGAUUGCACGACAUCGAGCAAGAAGGAGAUCGCGCCACAGGGUGCCCACUAUGGAUCUUCCGACGACCGCCGCAUGCUUGCCACUCGAGCGUCUGCUCUUUCCUCUUCCUCAUGAUGGCGUACAGUCUGUUCCUCCAUGGCUCGGCUGUACGGGAAGUGAGCCUCGACUAUGGCCCUGGUGAUCUUUGGAAGGAGCUGGUGGUGGAUGACAGCCUUGCAGGGGUCUCCCUUAUCUCGUACGAGCUCUUGAGCUUCAGUGCCAACAAUCGGCAUUACCUGGUUCGGAUCCCAAGAGUAAGCCUUGACAUGAAGGGGGGGGGGCUCAUGGGGACCUGUGGAGUGAUUCAGAGCGGAAGGCAGACCGAGUGCUUUGCACUUUACACGUGGUAA